UGCAACGCGAGGGUCCGAGAUCCUGGCCGCCAGCCCCCGCGCCCGAGACUAAAGAGAAGCGGAAAGAAGUUCGGUCCGCUCUUCCGUAGUAGUUUGUUCUCUGGUGGUGACUGUGCCCAGGGCCGCGCUGGAGAGAAGAUGAAAGGCAAGAAAAUUGUCAUUUGAGGGUCAGAGAAGGAAAGGAAACGCAGAAGUUAAUUCUAGAAGGUGUCCUGUCCCUGCCUGUCCUGGGUGAAUCUGCCCUGGAGACCCAUGGAGCCCGCCGCCUCCUGGCACUGCCGCUCGCCAGCCUCCCUUUUCUUCCUGGUCUUCAGCCGGUCAGUGCUGGUCUCAGUCCAGUUUACUGUCGUGGGACCGGCUGAGCCCACCCUGGCCAUGGUGGGAGAAAACACCACCCUGCGCUGCUACCUCUCACCCGAGAAAAACGCCGAGGACAUGGAGGUGAGGUGGAUCCGGGGGCAGUUCUCCCCAGCGCUGCUAGUGUACAAAGGCAGGCGGGAGAGGGCAGAGGAGCAGAUGGUGGCCUAUCAAGGAAGAAUCACCUUUGUGAGCACGGACAUCAGCAAGGGAAGCGUGGCGCUUGUGAUCCAUAACGUCUCGGCCCAGGACAAUGGCUUCUACCGCUGCUUCUUCCAGGAAGGCAGGUCCUAUGAUCAGGCCAUCCUGAGGCUCACGGUGGCAGGCAUGGGCUCUAUACCCCUGAUUGAAAUGAAGACCCUUGGGGAUGGGAGCAUCUGGCUGGAGUGCACAUCUGUAGGGUGGUACCCGGAGCCCUGUGCUGUGUGGAGGGGCCCCUCCGGUGAGGUUGUGCCUGCCGUGGAGGAGGAAUACACAGCUGAUACAGAAGGCCUCUUCACAGUCACCAUGACCGUGAUCAUCAGAGACUGCUCUGUGAGAAACAUGACCUGCUCUGUCAACAACACUCUGCUUGGCCAGGAGAGAGAAAGUGUAAUUUUCAUUCCAGAACCCUCUGUACCCAGCCCUACUCCCUGGAUGGUGGCCGUGGCUGUCACCCUAUCGGCUCUGACCCUGAUCCUCUUUAUGUCUGGGAGCAUCUGCCUCAUCAAGAAACACCACAGGGAAAAGGAGAUUCUGUCAGUGGAAAAAGAAAUUGAAUAUGAAGAAAAAGAAACUGCACGUAAGGAACUGGGAAAGAACAUAUGGAAAAGAGAAGGAAUUUUACAAGAGCAACUUCUGGAAGAAUUGAAGUGGAGACGAACCCUCUUACAUGCCGCCGAUGUGACCCUGGACCCAGACACAGCUCAUCCUGAGCUCUUCCUGUCAGAGGACCGGAGAAGUGUAAGACGUGGCCCUUCACGGCAGAGGGUGCCGGACAACCCUGAGCGGUUUGACUGCCGGCCUUGUGUCCUGGGCCAGGAGAGCUUCUCCUCGGGGAAGCACUACUGGGAGGUGGAGGUGGAAAACGUCAUGGUGUGGGCCAUUGGUGUCUGUAGAGAGAGCGUUGAGAGGAAGGGGGAGGCCCCACUGGUUCCUCCAAAUGGCUUCUGGACCCUGGAGAUGUUUGGAGGCCAGUACCGGGCCUUGUCCUCCCCGGAGAAGAUCAUCCCUCUGAAAACGCGCCUUUGCCGCUUGGCCAUCUUCCUGGACUGUGAAGCUGGGGAUAUUUCCUUCUACAACAUGAGAGACAGGUCACACAUCUACACAUGUCCCCGUGCAGGCUUCGCUGGGCCCCUGAGACCGUUCUUCAGGCUAGGUUCUGAUGACGGUCCCCUCUUCAUCUGCCCAGCUUUCACGGGGGCACAGGGAGUCACAGUGCCUGACGGUGGCCUGAUCCUCUAUAGGGCAAAGCCUGCCACCACCCACACGGUGGGUGCCAUGUAGCCGUGUAGGGAGUCCAUGGUGAUCAGCUAUCAUUGCAUAGCACCCCUUGGUGGAGUACAGUCCUAUGUCCUUCAGGUCACUUGACAGCAAACACCCACUUGAGGCCCAGUUCACACCCUCAGUUGCUUCUUUGCUUGUCGCUGCGGGCCUGACCCAGUCUUAGGGAAUUGAUGCUAUCACACAACUCUUGCCAAGGAGAAAGUGUGAGAGGGGAAGUGUGAGAGGGUCAGAAACCUUGCAGCUUCAAUCUGAAGCAAGAUUGAGCUCCUAUACUCCAGCCACUGUGGACUGAGGGUGAGGGAAAUGGAAUGCGUCAGGAUGUGAGGAGAGGGAGGCCUAGCAGCGGAGGUCAGAGAUGGAGGAAAUGAACCAGAAAGCCGGAAGGGAUGGCGGCUGAGGCCGACAGCCGAGGGGUUGUGGAAGCUGAUGGUCCAUUUUAAUCCAAUGGCCAAGAUUUCCAGAUCACAUAGUAAAGAUUUUAUAGAGUUAGGCUGGGUAUAAUGGCACAUGCCUUCUUUAAUCUCAGAGGCAGAGAUGGGGAUCUCUGUAAGAUUGAGACCAGCCUGGUCUCAGCGAGUUCCAGGCCAGCUGGGGCUACAGGGAGGCCAUCUCAAAAAAGUAAAAAAAAAAAUUAUAGAAUGAGUAUCUGCAGGCCUGCACGCAAUGGUGAUCUGGAUGUGGGCUGGCUCAGGUAUCCCUGUGGAAAACAUAGACUUUGAGUCCUGAGUCAGUGCUCAGUCAUUGAGAAAAGCUGGAGACUAGAGGUCCCUGCUGGGCAGGUGUGUUUUGGGUCAGGUCUUGGGGUGGAGGUUUACUGAAUGCUUCUUAGUCUAGGGAUACUUUGGAUACCUACAAACUAUUGAGCUUUUGUUCUCUUGGGUUAAUAUUUAUUGAGAUUUGUUUUGUUUUUGAGAUGUGGUCUCACUAUGUAGCACAGACUGGUACAGAAUUCUUGAUCUUUUCACCCCUGUCUCUUGAUGAGAUUAUAGGAUUUUUACCACCAAGCCUAACUAAUGUCUGUUGUUAUGUAUGACAUUUCAGAUUGAAACUAAAAAAUUAAGCUAUAUAUAUUCAUUUAUAUUAAAACAAUAAU